AUGUCAGACACACAGCGAACAACGACCGAGCAAAAUGCUUCUAGCGACAAGGAGGCACGAUCCGGGUCCGUCGAACUGGUCACCCCGCCAGAGCCGGCUAGUCCUCCGGAACCCGUCAUAGUCUACCCUGGCCUUGUGCUGAGCGUUGUGCUGAACUUCGCCUUACUUUUGGCUAUGUUCCUAGUAGCGUUGGAUAUGAGUAUCAUUGCUACCGCGAUUCCCACGAUCACUGCCGAAUUUCACAGCGUCGACCAAACCGGUUGGUAUGGCUCUGCGUUCUUCUUGGGCCUGGCCGCCUUCCAGGCAUUUUGGGGGAAAGCAUACAAACACUUCUCACUGAAGAUUGUCUUUCUGACAUGCAUUGGGCUCUUUGAGAUCGGUAGUCUAAUCGUCGCCGUUUCGCCUAAUAGUACAUGCCUUAUUGUUGGACGCGCUGUGCAGGGCAUGGGCGGUGCCGGUGUCACUGGUGGUGUUUACACUCUCCUCACCUUCAUUACGAGACCUGAACAUCGGCCCGCCGUCCUAGGUCUCUCUAGUGUUGUCUGGAGUUGCUCUUCUGUUUUGGGUCCCGUGCUUGGUGGUGUCUUCACCCAAUACGUGACUUGGCGAUGGUGUUUCUGGAUCAACCUACCGAUCGGUGGUACCACAAUGCUCCUCGUUCUGUUCUUCUUCAAAACACCUGCACAUUCCCGUGUCGCUAAGGCAAAGCUCAGCGAAAUCCCUUUCCUGUUCGAUAUACCCGGAAUACUGAUCCUACUUGGGGCUAUGACUUGUCUUCUACUGGUACUAGAGGAAGGUGGUGUUGACAGGCCUUGGAAUAGCGGCUUCGUCAUAGGACUGCUCGUUGCUUUUGGUGUGCUCAUGAUCAUUCUGACAUUAGCGGAAUGGAAACAAGGAGAGAAAGCUAUGGUUGUCCCUCGUAUUAUGAAGCGCAGAAGUAUCAUUGCUCUCGGCCUAUUCAAUCUUACCGCCCAGGGCUCCGGUUUCGCACGAACGUACAAUCUGCCUAUCUACUUCCAGGCUGCCCAAUUAGUCUCGGCGUCUGAAUCAGGUGUUCGUACGCUUCCCACGGUUCUCACCACCUCUAUUUUCAGUUUCCUCGGGUCUCUUCUUCUCGGGAAGGUCGGCUAUUACCAACCAUUUCUGUUCAUCGGUGGCAUCUUCGUCGCUGUAGGCUCCGGCAUGAUAUACACUCUUGAACCCAACUCCACGGCAGGGCAGUAUAUUGGUUAUCAAGUCUUGGCGGCAAUUGGGUCCGGUUUGGUAAUCCAAGUCAAUGUUAUUGUCGCACAAGCAUUCUCAUCUCGUGCUGACAUAGCAGUUACUGUCGCUAUCGUCCUCCUUUGGCAAUUUGUUGGAGGUACCAUCGGUGUCUCGGCCGCGCAGAACAUUAUGAACAAUGUCAUCCUGCAAUCGCUACCAACAGAUAACCCCAACCUAUCGCCUUCCGCCGUUCUCGCAGCUGGAUCUGGUGAUCUACGUGCGUUAUUCCCUGAUCCUGACGACCUUAACAUCGUGGUCAAUGCGUACAUGCGCGGCCUCAAGGCUGCUUGGAUCUGGAGUAUCGCCCUCUCAAGCUUAGCGGUCGUCAUAUCCCUGGGUGCUGAAUGGAAAAGUGUGCGAGCCGACGAUGUCAAGAAACGGGCAGAAAGUAAGGCGGCGAAAGCAGUGGCUGACGCUUGA